GUCCUUCACAUUUGAAAAGGAAGAUCUCAGAGACAUCAUUUUGGCAGCAUCUGUUCGCAAAAAGCCUUUUUCAAAUGACGCUAUCACCCCGCUCCACUGUGCAGCAAUCAACCCGAAUGUCAAGUACAUCACUCGGCUUCUGUCUAUUGAGCCUGACAUCAACAUUCAAACUCAGUCUCGAGCUCGUCCCAUCCAUUUUGCAGCAGCGUGCGAAGGGUCUGCACCACUCGAGUUUCUCCUGAAAAGAAAUGCAGGUGUUAAUGAUGCAGACAGCAAGGGAGAUUUGCCGAUUCAUUAUGCUGCGCGCAGCGGCCGCUCUAAGAAUAUAGAUGUUCUUAUGAAGCAUGCAAAAUCAAAUGUUUCAGAAGACAUUCAGUUGGAUAAGUGGGGCCUUGGCAUGAUCAACAAGCCUAACCGCUUUGCGUUUUGUCCAGUGCAUAUGGCUGUUGAAGGGGGACAUUUGGAUGCCCUGCGGACUUUGAUCAAGCACGGUGUUGAUGUGAAUAAGCCCUUGUCUGCAAGCAGAGACAAGAUCACCCCUUUGAUGAUAGCAGCACAGAGGGGGGACUUGAACAUUGCUAGGACGCUUGUUCAGAGUGGAGCGGCCGUGGAGCUUUUAGAUAAAAAGAAGCGCUCGGCUCUAACACAUGCUAUCAUUAAUGGAAGUACAAAUGUUGCUUCAUACCUUCUGUACUUGGGAGCUGACCCUAAUCGUGCAGAUUCAUCCAACAACACACUUGUGCAUUACGCAGCUGCCUAUGGAUGGUAUUUUUGUCUGAAACUGCUCAUUAAGGAUGCAGGAGCCAAGCCAGAUGAGCCCAAUGACUGGCAGACGACUCCAAUCAAUAUUGCCUUUCUGAAGGGUAACCAUGGACUUGUGGAGAUGCUGUUCAACCAUAAAGGGGUGGACAUCAAUUUUCAAACCAGCACUGGUAUGACGCUGGCUUGCAUCGCUUGUAGCAGUCGUUUGGUGGAAGGUUUGGACAGUCACGUCUCACAUCUGAUCAGGACAUACAAAGCUGACCCUACUAUCCGAGACCAUAAUGGAUACAAUGCUCUUCAUCACCUGGCAGCCAACACCGUCAAGACGAAGGGAACUUAUUGGGAUCUCGAGGUUGAUCCUGCGGCUAUGCAGAUCAGUGUCAGGAUCGCAGAGAUUCUCAUUGAGGCGGGAUGUGACCCCACUCUCCGUACCAACGAAGGGAAGACCCCAGUGAUGUUAGCAAUUGAGCAGGUAAAUGUUGAGCUGGUGAGAUUCCUGGUUGAGAAAGGUGGCACAACAGUCCUGCACUUAAUGGCCGAGCAGUGCUGCACAACAGACCUCACACCCAUGUUGAAAAUACUUGCAGAGCAUACUCCAGAUGUCAACAGCAUCAACGGUGUUGAUGCCAAGGGGGACAGUCCACGUAAAGUAGGCAGCCCAGAGAAGGAGGCAGCAAACCUGCCACCACCACCACCACAGGCAGCAGUUUCCCAGCAGGAAACCUUGAAGAAGAUGGCUCAAGACCGAGACUUUGUUGGCUUCACCCCUCUGCUCCGAGCUUGCCACACCUAUAAGACAUUUCGGGUUGGUGUUAAUAUAUCUAAACAGGAGGAUGUGAAGAAAGCCCACUAUGCCCUGGAGUUCAUCCAAGCGCUGAUAGAGUUGACAGGGUCAGACGUUGAUGCUGUUGUUGGCCCCAAGAACAUGCCAGAUGAACCUGAGCUACAUUAUGCUCCAGAAGGUAAAAGUUCAUCUCUGCAUUUCUUGGUGAAUGCUGAGUGUGAGAAUAAGAGUGACAUAGGGGCCGGACUGAAGCUGUUGCUACGUCACAAUCCUGAUCCAAACCUCAGGGACAUGAAUGACAAAACACCCCUCGUUCUUGCAGUAGAGAGUUCUAGAGAAGCCAUUGUCAAGGCUCUUCUGGAAGGCGGAGCUGAUCCCAAUGUUUUGAUCAAGGGGAAUCAUUUCCACAUCACCCCAUUAAUCUUGGCUGCUGAACGAGGAGAUAUAGAAGUCAUGAAAUUACUGAUUCAGCAUAAAGCAGACGUUAAGAGUAGCCGAUCAGACAACCAGCGAACUGCCAUACACAUUAUGGUUACAAACAGAGUGCGGGAAGAUGAUACCAUCGCCAUGAUACAGAUCUUGCUGCAAGCUGGGGCAGACAUCAAUGCGGUGGAUAUUGAUGGUAACACUCCCCUCCAUCUGGCCGUGCAGCACAACAAAGGACACUCCGACUCAUCAACCAGUUUGGAAGAGUUUCUGCUGGAUCGUGGAGCCAAUGUUUUUGCCAAGAACAAGCAUUUGGACACGCCUCUUCACAUUGCACUGGAAAAAAAUGGUGUCGACCCAAUUGAGCUGUGCAGUCUGUUGACCAGUGUGAUGCGGGAUCAGAAGGUUGAUGAGCCUAAUGAGAAGGGCUUCACGCCCUUGCUGUAUGCUGCCAGUUCAGGGGCCACUAUCUGCUGCAUGCAUCUGCUUCAGGUAAGGGUGCCCCACAUUAGCUGUGCAAUAAUGCUCAUGCAACGAAAUGCAAGCUUGUCCCACCCCAUAGUGAUUAGCUUGCCCCAUAAGGAAGAAGUCAAGAAAGAAACAGAGGAAGAGAAAAAGAAAAAGAAGAGACCUGUGCUCACCUGGCGGCCAAAACGACAGUGGCUAAGCCAGCAGCCUAAAGAGAUUCCAGGCUCCAGCAUCACAAUCUUUGAGGGAGCUGUUAAAAAUGACCUGACAGGAGUGGCUCAUAUGCUGCUAGAUGCCCUGGGUAUGCCCAUGGAAGCUGUGGAAUCAGCACUGAACCUGAGCAAGUUCUAUCUUGCACUGCGCCUGCUCCGUAGAAUCCCUGAUGUGAGCAGACUGCAUGCUAAAAACAAGGAAGGUCAGAAUCUCUUCCAUGUACUGGCCUUGAGAACCAGUCGCCAUGACCCCGAUCUUCAGAUCAAGGUUGCAGGGGCUUUAUUAGAAAAGAGAAUCCCCAUUGCGGACAAGGACAAACACAGGUUCACUCCCCUGAUGUAUGCUGCUCUGAAACACCAGUCUGUUGUCCUUGCCAAGUUUUUGAUAGAAAAUGACCUCAAGUUUGAUCCGAAAGUAAGAGAUGUGAAAAAUCGGGACAUAAUGGCUGCCUUCAUGUGGGACUAUAAUUGGGUCUCUGAUAAGUUCAAGGUUGAUGAAGUCAGGCAAUGGCUGGAUACUCUGCUGGACAUUGGACAUGUGUCUUUGGACACUUUGUAUGACCACCCACUUCCAGACCCACUUCUGCUGGGUGCCACCGUGGCCUGUGAGCAGCCAGACUACUUCAGUUCACAGUGCAAGGACAGCACCAGCCCGCUCAUUUUUGCCAUCAGAAACUAUGACCUGGGCCUGGCCAAGUUUAUGCUGCAGAAAGGAGCCAACCCCAACUUUGCUGAUAGCAAUGGUCUGACCCCAAUGAUGCAUGCCGUCAGAAUGAAUGAUGUCAAGAUGGUGAAGCUUCUGCUCAACUAUUCCUACGAUGCUGAGGCUGAUGUUCCCGAAGGUAAAGCAGCGGUGAAGCCACAGCUCUCCAAAGAACAGUCCCGACAGGUAAGAGAAUACACCAGCAUUCAAAAGACAAGUCCCGUUGACUUGUCUUUGGCAGAUAAGAAUGGCUGGACUGCUGUCCAUCAUGCGGUCUGCUCCCUGUCCUAUGCCACCUUUGACAAUGCCGAGAUCGUGUACAUUCUGGCCAGGGCAGGAGCUCCUCUGGAGGCUAAGAACACCUUCACUGUGACAGAUGUUGUUGCAGACAAGGUCAAACCUGAUGUCAGGGCAGAUGCAGAGGAGAUGUUGAAUAAGCUUGAUGCUGGCAGCUCAGAUGGGGAGCAGUCAGACUUGCCAAAAGUAGAUGAUAAUUGUGAAAUCAAGAAAGUGGGUGAAGUGGCCAGAAGCCCCACUACUAACAUUCCCUAUGAUGUGACGUUGAGCAAAGUGGAUGUAACUUGUGGGCAGUAUGGAAUGUACAACUUCUACAAAAUGCAGAUUGUACGUCACACAGCAAAAAAUCUGUACAUCCUUUUCACACGCUGGGGUCGUAUUGGAGACAGGGGCCAGUAUCAGCAUACUCCGUAUCAGUCCCUUGCAGAGGCAGCCAAAGAGUUCUGUAAAAUUUUCAGAUCCAAGACUGGCAAUGACUGGAGCCAGAUCCACAAAUUCCAAAAUCACCCCAAGAAGUACAGACUGAUGCCCAAACCCAGCAAGCAACACAAACAGCACAAGGUGGAGUUUAACUUGGAGUCCAGCUUGCCAACCAAGCUGCCGGAGCCCGUCUUUGAUCUCGUCUCGGAAGUGAGCAGCGUGAACAUGCUUCUGGCAUCAACAAACAAAUUUGGAUUGGAUGAGGACUUCAUGCCAUUUGGCCGCAUCAAGAGAGAAACCCUUUUGGAAGCUAGAAGAUUGCUUACUGAUAUCAGUGAACUGAUAGACAAGGUGACAAAACUGCGCAACAAUUUAACAGUGGAUGUUCAGGCAGAGUUUCAGAGUAACUGUGAAGAGAUUGUGAAACUGACAAACGAGUAUUACCAUCUUGUGCCCAUCUCUGGAUACGAGGCAGAGACCAUCCAGCCCAUUGCAGAUAAGAAGAUGCUCAGGGACCAUACCAAGCUUCUGGCUGACCUCAUGGACUUACAGAUAGCCAACACUGUUCUCCUUGGUGCCAACCUUCGAAAAUCAGAGAUAAAUCCAAUAGACUACAUCUACAACAGCCUGGACUGCAGAGUCCAGCCUUUGGGUGAGGAGGAUCCAGAAACUCAGUUCAUUCUGACCAAUAUACAUGCUACAGUUCCUACGGCAAAUAUCAACCGGAUCUUCAGAGUGGCUCGAGAGGGUGAGAAUGCCAGGCUGGCAGCUUUGAACAUGCCCAACCAUCAGCUUCUCUGGCAUGGCAGCAGUAUGUCCAACUUUAUCUCCAUCUUGUCUCGUGGUCUGCUGGUGACACCACCCGAAGUCCCCUGGACCGGACACUUGUUUGGAGAGGGUAUUUAUUUUGCUGACACUUUCGUGAAGAGCUCUCACUAUUGCCAUAACCACAGCCUGAAGUCCAACUGCAAGGUUAUGUUGCUUUGUGAAGUUGCUCUGGGCAAUUCCAAGAUAGAUGUCAAGCAUGGUGAUGAAGACCACUUGGAUGAGGACAUAAACAGCCUGAAGAUUCUUGGACAGAAUGCCCCAGUGCCAGAUUUUGAUGCUCGAUUACCAUUUGGUGCAACUUUGUCCCUUGGCCAAGUGCAGCGAAUGGAGUACCAUCCACCAGCACGCAUUACACACAAUGAGUACAUAGUACACAACGCUGACCAGGUGGCUAUCAGAUACCUGGUCCUCUUCAAUGGAUAG